AUGUCUGAUAACGUGUAUAUUGUCGCCGCUGCCAGAACCCCCAUGGGUUCAUUCCAAGGUUCCCUUGCCUCUCUAACUUAUGUGGACCUCGGUGCUCAUGCUGUGAAAGCUGCGUUAUCGCAGAUCCCACAGGUUGACGCUUCUGCCGUGGAGGAGAUCGUAUUUGGUAAUGUUAUUUCUGCUAACAUUGGUCAGGCUCCAGCAAGACAAGUGGCUCUUCGUGCCGGGCUUUCCGACAAGAUUGUUGCUACAACCGUGAACAAGGUCUGUGCUUCUGGUAUGAAGGCUGUUAUUAUUGGCGCGCAAUCCAUUAAGUGUGGAACUGCCGACAUUGUUGUUGCCGGUGGUGCUGAGUCUAUGACCAAUGCUCCUUACUAUAUUCCAUGUGCCCGUGCCGGUGCGCGCUAUGGAGACGCUAAGUUGAUUGACGGUGUCCAAAAGGAUGGUUUGACGGACCCAUUUGACGGUGAAUUGAUGGGAGUACACGGUGAAAAGUGCGCUUCGGACUUUAGUAUUAGCAGAGAAGAGCAGGACAACUUCGCAAUUGCGUCAUACCAGAAAGCUCAGAAGGCCCAAGCCGAGGGUAAGUUCUCCGAAAUUGCCCCAAUCACAGUCAAAGGUGUACGUGGCAAGCCUGAUGUUGUUGUGUCACAUGACGAGGAAGUCGGUCGUUUCAACCCCGACAAGUUGAGGGCUGCCAAAACCGUUUUCAAGAAGGAAAACGGUUCCAUCACUGCUCCUAACUCAUCUCCGCUCAACGAUGGCGGUGCUGCUGUUGUUCUAGUUUCUGAGAGCAAGCUCAAGGAGCUCAACUUGACCCCAUUGGCCGUAAUUAAGGGGUGGGGUGAGGCAGCUCAUAAGCCAGCUGAUUUCACGUGGGCUCCAUCUUUGGCAGUGCCAAAGGCUCUAAAGCACGCUGGGAUUGAAGACAUCAACUCUGUUGAGUUUUUUGAGUUCAACGAAGCUUUCUCAGUUGUCGGCAUUGCGAAUGCUAAGAUUCUUGGAAUUGACCAAUCCAAGGUCAACGUUUACGGUGGUGCCGUUGCAUUGGGUCACCCUCUAGGUUGCUCUGGUGCAAGAAUUAUCACCACCUUGAUAUCCGUCCUAACCCAAGAAGGCGGUCGCAUCGGUGUUGCAGCUAUCUGCAACGGUGGUGGUGGAGCCUCUUCUAUUGUGCUAGAAAGAUUAAGCGAAUCUAAUCGCGCUUCCCUUAUGUAA